UAAAUGUCUCGGUCCUGCCCUCCCCUCCGGUGUCCCCGGUGUCCACAUGUUUAACUCAGCCGUCGGUCGUGCUGUCACAUCAGACGGCUGCUCUCUCAAAUCGAUCAGUUUCAGUGAUUAAUCAGAGAAUCGAUCGAGGAGAAACAAACGGUCCGCGUCCCCCGGAGAGCCGCCGCUAGCUUCUGAGGCGGAGUUUUAGGUCGGAGGUGUCUGUCGGUAAAUCACGAUGUCUCCGCAGAUAACCGCUCGGACCGUCGCUCAGCAUGGACUCUGAUUCUGACCUGCUGAUGAAGGAAAACAUCAAGAUGAUGACUGACAUGAUUCUGCUGUGUGCCACUCUGGCUCUCUCCCUCUUCUUCUGGGUCGUCUCGCUCACCAUCAGCACCUACUACGGAACACUGCAGCCUGUGUCACCGUGGCGAUGGCUCUUCUCCAUCCUGGUUCCUCUGGUGCUGACCAUCAGAGCGCUCAAGAGACGCAGCCUCAACUACUCUGGAGCCCUGGGAGCCCUCCUGGUGGGAUUCGUGUUGACGAUGGCCAACUACAGCUUCUUCUCCGCCCUGCUGGCCUUCUUCCUCACCUCCUCCAAACUGACCCGCUGGGGAGGAGCGCAGAAGAAGAAAAUAGACGCCGAGUACAAAGAAGGGGGGCAGAGGAACUGGGUCCAGGUCUUCUGUAACGGAGGAGUUCCCACAGAGCUGGCACUGCUCUACAUGAUCGAGGUGGGUCCAGGUGAGAUCCCCGUUGAUUUCAGCAAACAGUACUCGGCCUCCUGGAUGUGUCUCUCUCUGCUGGGGGCCCUUGCAUGCAGCACAGGGGACACCUGGGCGUCAGAGGUGGGGCCCGUCCUCAGCCAAUCACAGCCGAGACUCAUCACCACCUGGAAGGAGGUCCCAGCAGGAACAAAUGGAGGUGUCACAACCAUCGGACUAGUCGCCAGCUUCCUCGGCGGGUUCUCAGUGGGCGCAGCUUACUAUGCAACACAGCUUCUGUUAGUGAGCGACCUGCACCUGGCGGACCCCCAGUGGCCCAUCAUGGUGUACGGCGGUGUGGCUGGCCUGCUGGGAUCAAUGCUGGACUCUUUCCUUGGAGCUCACAUGCAAUACUCAGGUAGGACCAGAUGUACGGUGGUACGCCCCCCUCUUUUAACCUUGUUAGCAAUUUUUUGUAAGUCAUUAGUCAAUCUAUGAGUGACAUAUUCUAAGAGAAUAUGUUAUGAAUGCAAACUCAGUAGUAAUGCCACUGAGCACAUUGAGUUUUUUUUGCCUUGAAAACCUGCAGUAAAUCAGGAAUGCCCAAAACUCUGAGCAUGCCGGCGAUACUCAUGGACAAAGGCAUUGUGUUUUCAGUGCAGUGGGUGAAUUUCUUCAAAUUAGGCACAAAUCUCAACUUGGAGUCAAUGAUGGAGGGAUUACUUUUUGGUUGUCAAAGGUCACUGUGACCAGCGUCAUAGUAUAUUAUGUUGAAAUUAUCUGGCCACAAAAUUUCACAGUAAAAUAUGUAGAUAGAAUAGCACACGACCCUUGCCAGCCCCUGAACCCAUGCUUCAUCCUCAUUCCCUCUGGCCGUCGAUACA